CGUGCAUAGCAGCAGCAACAAACACACAACAAAUACAAUAAACUCUCGCCAGCCGAGCUAAAUGCUCGCUCUCCAAGAAAAUAAAAAUGAAAUAAAAAAACAAGAAAAAAAGCAAGCGAACUCUGCAUGCAAUAUAAAAGUGUAUCUUCGUGUAGAAUUUUGAACAUUUACCGUUGGAAGACUGUUGUGUUAAGACAACAUUAAGAAUUGUUGGAAGAAAGUGAAAGUAAUUUUUUACGAAAAAAAAAAAUUGUACUCGGUGCGAAAACGAAUUACGAUUUUAAAUAACAACAUUUUAACAAUUAAAAAAAAUAAUAACAAUUAGUGAAAUUGUGUGAAUUUUAAAAUAAAAAAAAAGUUUCUACGAAAACUUUUAAAAACCUAAAAAAUUAAUCCAAAAUAAAAUCUUAAAAAAAUCAAAAAUUAAUAAAAAAUCAAGAAAUCAAAAAUUUUCGAAAAAUAAAAACUAAAAAAAUCAAAAAUUAGCAAAAAUUUUCACCGAAAAAAUCACCGCAAUAAUUUACAGCAAAAACAAUUUCGCAAAACAACCGCCUAUUUACAACAAAAAUCCAAAUAUUUAUUGAAAACUGCGCAAAUUUGGAUUUUCGAAAACAUUUUCAGUGUGUUUUUGUUUUGCUUGUAAUUUUGGAAAAUAUUUUCCUUGCGUGAAAAAUAAAUACAAAAUAUUUUUGUAAACUCAUUUUACUAUUGGCGCUAACAAUCGAACAUUUGCCAUACUUAUUUACAUACAUAAUUACAUACAUAUGUGUAAAGAGUUUGACCGCCGACAGACAGCUUGGUUGUUUAUUUAAAAUAAUUACCGCUACUAUAACUGUCAAUUGUGCGAGUGACCACUUGAGCCGUUCAAAAAUAUUAUUGUGUUUGUCAAGUUCAUUGCCAAAUUGCCUAACCAAUUGUUGAAGCCACAAAUAUUGUGGUGGUUGUGGCACAUACAAAAAACGCCGACCGCUAAGCGUUUUGGGAGUAGAGUUUUUAAAAACCUGCAAUCCUGCACACCUGCAAGAUAUUUGGAGACAUCCUAUCGGUUCAUAAGUAAAGUGGAGCAGUGUGGCGGCUAAAAUGGGCACUAUUGAGAAACGCUCAUUCUCUUUCCGUUUGCGUCGCUCAAUCGGCGAUGGCGGCAGCACGAACAGCAGGAACAGCAACAAUAAUAGCAGCACUUGCACAAAUAACAAUUCACUGUUAUCACCGGUGACCAGCGCAAAGUUGGAAGUGCCCAAUUCGAGCGCCUCUGUAAGUCGCCGUAGUAGCAUCUACAAGAAACCGGACAAGGAUGAUAGUGGCAUCAUACAUAUUGUGCCGGAUAUUGAAUUGCCAUUAAUGACAUUCUCCGAUCAGUAUGAUGUCGAGAAGACGCUGGCCGAAGGUUGCUUUGCGCGCAUACUACUGGCACAUCACCGGCCGACCAAUACGUCGGUGGUGCUGAAGGCCGUACAUGCAGAAUUGGCUACACUGAAAGAUUUCCAGAAGGAGUUUCAUCUCAACUAUCAAUUGUCGCAUCAUCGUAAUAUACUCAGCGCUUACAAUGUGGCCUUCCAGACGAAGGAUUACUAUGUGUUCGCUAUGGAACAUGCGCCGUACGGUGAUCUGGCGGCCAAUCUGGGGCCACAUGGCUUACAUGAGUCGGCUUGCAAAACGAUUAGCGAACAGUUGAGUUCGGCACUGGGUUUCAUGCAUUCGAAGAAUCUGGUGCAUCGUGAUCUUAAGUUGGAGAAUGUGUUGGUCUUCACACCGGAUUUCUCACGUGUCAAGCUGUGCGAUUUCGGCACGACCACCAAGAAGAGUUUACUGGUGCACAAGGUGAAGCACACGUGGACCAGCUGUGUGCCGCCUGAAGUGCUGGAGAUUAUGAAAAAUGAACGGUUUCUUUGCAUGCCCACCAGCGAUUCAUGGCAAUUCGGCAUCUUAUUGUUCAACAUACUGACUGGCAGUCCGCCAUGGCACAUGGCCGAUUGGGUGAAGGAUGCACAAUACUCGAACUUUAUGAAAUACGAACAACGCAAGACAACAAAAAUACCCGACGGCUUCCGUCGCUUCUCGCCACGUCUGAUGCGCUGUUUCCGCAAGUAUUUAACACACGAUCCAGAAGAUCGCUGUAAAGUAACCGAGGUGAUGAAAUACAUGAAAGAUCGUUGGGUUGAAUGCCGCAUAGCGACAUCGAAGUCGGCGAUGCUUAUCUCACCGAACCCAGAUCAGGACUCAUGCAUCUAUCUGAAUAAGCGCGAAGGUCGUCUGUCCGCCGAUGAAAAUAAAUUGAAACUAAAGCGCAUGAUGUCCAGUUACGGCUUGGAUAAUUCCAUCGAUCAGACAGUGGUGCGUAGACGUGUCAUUGAGUGGCUCUCGACGUGUGAUGCUAACUUCGAAUCAGAUCUGGAAAGUCUAGCGGCGCUGGAGGUGGCCAAUUAGACAGUGGCUGGCGCGUGGAAGGUUACGAGAAGCGCGCAAUAAAAAUUGGUUUAAGUUUUUGAAUGCGUUUGCCGAAUGCUUUGCGGCAUUGGGAGGCGACACCGCGGUAGCCAUGGCUAGUGCAAACCUAACGCGUGCUCUGCGCGUCGGGAUAGACAAGACAUCACAUGUUUUACGUGAGAAUUUAGUGGGCGAACAAAAAAUUAAAAAAAAAAAUCAAUAUUUAUAAAUAAAUGUAUACAAUACAGGUCAUAUCGACAAUAAGUCAUAUUCAAGUACCAAAUACACAAGAAUUUAUUGUACACGAGAGAGAGAGAUAGAGAGUCAUAUACGCGUAUUGCGCUAACUGAUAAAUACUAAUUUAAUGAAAUUAUGUAAAAAAUGAAAAAAUAAAUUAAAACUAAUGAGACAAAAAUUAAAUUGGUUUUAUACUAACUUACCCUAUUCCAAUUAUUCGAUCACAAAAAUCCAAUAAAAUAAAAUAAAAUAAAAUAAAAUCAAAAUUAAAUAAAAUAAAACAAAAUAAACAAAUCAAAAUAAAAUAAAAUAAAAUAAAAUAAAAUAAAAUAAAAUAAAACAAAAUAAAAUCAAAUAAAUUAAAAUAAAUUAAAAUAAAAUAAAAUAAAAUAAAAUAAAAUAAAAUAAAAUAAAAUAAAAUAAAAUAAAAUAAAAUAAAAUAAAAUAAAAUAAAAUAAAAUAAAAUAAAAUAAAAUAAAAUAAAAUAAAAUAAAAUAAAAUAAAUCAAAAUAAAAUAAAAUAAAAUAAAUAAAAUCAAAUAAAAUAAAAUAAACAAAAUAAAACAAAAUAAACAAAUUAAAAUAAAAUAAAAUAAAAUAUAAUAAAAUAAAAUAAAAUAAAAUAAAUAAAAUCAAAUAAAACAAAAUAAAAUCAAAUAAAACAAAAUAAAUUAAAUUAAAAUAAAAUAAAAUAAAAUAAAAUAAAAUAAAAUAAAAUAAAAUAAAAUAAAAUAAAAUAAAAUAAAAUAAUAAAAUAAAAUAAAAUUAAAUUAAAUUAAAUUUAAUAAAUUUAAUUAAAUCUAACCACCUUUAAAUUUAAUAAAAUUUAAAUUAAUAAAAUGUUUAUAGUAUGUGAUCGAAAAGAUAAAUGAGCGAAUACAUAACCUCAAAAUUUUAAAGCUGUUUGAAGCUAUUAUAUAAUACUAUAUCUAAAACGACUCGAAAUUCCUGUUAUAUAAUAAUACUAGAAAAAUGUAUGCAAUAAAUUAAAAUUUGUAUUAUAAAAUAAAAAUUUGUAUUCAAACAUUACCACCAAAUUGUCAUACACAAAUUAUACAUGCAUAGAAUAGGCUAUAUUCCUUGUGGUAAACUCUCUCAAGUCAACGUCAGUCGAUUUCGCAAAUGUGAUUUCUAUCUAACUGUAGUUAUAACUAUCAAUUUUACACAAAUAUUAUUAGUAAAAUUUGUACAUGCAAAGCAGCAAACAAAAAAUGAGCCGCCUGUGUUCUGGUGUGGUAGCGAUAGUGGAAGAAUAAGAUAGGAAAGAAAAAAAAUUGCUCAGGCAUUUAACACUAAGUUCUAGUCUUUACACCAAACCAAAAAUAAAAAAAUGUAUUCCUAGUCAAUGUACAGACCAAAGACUACAAAAGCUAUUGGCAAAAACUAUUCCUAAGCAGCAAAUAUUAUUAUUUAAAUGAUUCGUUUAGUAUUUUUAGUAGUUAACGGUAGUAAAAUAUGUAAACAAUUAUUUAAAACAAUGCAAUAUUACAGUAUAUAAAUAAAAUGCGAAAAAAAGCAAAAAAAUUUUAAAUAUUAUAUAAAUUUUUUAAGCGCCUAGUAAUGUACUGUAGUAAACAAUAAUUUCUUUCUGUUUGCUAUGCGCGCUUACCAACAAAAAUACUGUAUUUACUUAGAUGGCUGCAAUAUGAUUUAGAAAAAAAUCGCAUGCUAUAAAUACGUACCACGAGAAAUUGCACAAAAAAUAUACAAAACCCAUUACAACAACUUGUAGGUAAAUUUGCAGUAGUAAUAAAAACAAUAAUUACAACGUUUAUUGCGGAUGUAUUUAUAUACUUGUCUAUAUUAAAUACAUAUGUAUAUGUACAAAAUUUAAUUAUAUGUAUAAAGAUUGGCAGAAAGCAAAAUAAAAGAAUUAUAUAUUUAAAUAAACAAAA